GAGGUCUCCGCACGGCAGCAGUUGUCCACCGCCGACCUGUAUCCAUUAUUUGUUGGCACCGGUGGGCCCCAUCCCUUUACCGAUUGGGUUAGCGUGGCAGCGGUGCGGUCAGCCUAAGGACUGCACUAUUGAGCUAUUGAUAUCUUGGUGCACUGGGCGCUGCCGAAAACCACAUUGGAGACACUGAUAGGCAAAGAAAAAGUGUUUUGAUCAAGUCAAGGUGGGAAAAUGUGAACCACUUUACUGAACCUUCGCCGGUAAGUUAGUUUCGUUCUCCAGUCGUCCCAUCGUCAUCACCUGCCCUCAGGGCUGAGUCAAUCAUGUGCAGAGGCAUCAUCAUCCAUCAGCUUCUUCUUUCUCCGAUUCACCGUGUGGAAGCUACCUGGUGCUUUGGUAUCGGCUUGUAAUAAAUCCCCAAUCUUCCUCGAUUCCAACUAUGCUUGUAUAUAAUCUCCCGAGCUAACCUGCAGGCGUGCCAAAGUGGCCAUCGCGAAUAGGAAUUACAAAGAUCCCUCUCAUGAGUCCAUCACUCCUCGUGAUCUGCUUCUUCUUCUUCUUCUCCACCCACGUACCUCGCGCUUCAUCGCUCUCCUUCCACCUCAACUUCUCGGAGCCGACGUCUGCCUGCGGCGUCCAGAUCAACUGCACGAAAGCGUACAUCGCAAAUGGCAUGCUUGAGCUGACAGGGAACGACAUCGAUCGGGGCACCAUCGACAACAUCGGCCGGGCCACGUACGCCAAGCCGGUGCCACUCUGGCGUGCCGGCGGUGGCGGUGCCAUGCUGCUGGCAAGCUUUACCACGUCCUUCACUUUCAGGAUCACGCCGGACCCGAGGCAGCCCAACACCGGAGACGGGAUGGCCUUCUUCCUCACGCCCUACGCGUCGGCAACCGAGAUCCCGCCGGGGAGCGGCGGCGGGAACCUCGGCCUUCUCGCGGGCAGCAACUGGACCGGGGACAGCCGGUUCGUGUUCGUCGCCGUCGAGUUCGACACCUGGUCCAACGGUCUGCCUGCUGACAUCAACGGCGACCAUAUGGGCAUCGACAACUCCUCCAUCGUCUCCAUGGCGUCCACCAGCACGUCAUCUCCGGCGGGGAACCUGACGUCCAAUAUCGACAUGACCGCCACGGUCAGUUACCACAACGGGUCCAAACUGUUAGCUGCGGAUCUACAGAUCAACGGCAGUUGGUACCAUGUCAACGCGACCAUCGAUCUGAGCAGCUACCUGCCAGAGGAAGUCGCCGUGGGCUUCUCGGCGUCCACAGGCCUGUCCGCCGAGCUGCACCGGGUGCUGACCUGGUCGUUCAGUUCAACGCUCGCACCGAAGGAGAGCACGGCAACGACGACGACAGCAACCUCCAAGCAGCUUCCCAAGAAAUUGCGAAUACUUUUGUCCGUUCUCGUGCCGAUCCUAUUCCUGUCGCUGUGCGCCGCCGCCGGGACCUACUUCCUUGUGCGGCGGCGACGCCAAGAAGAAGGUGGUAGCAGCGACUCGGAAGAACAGUUUGACAGAGCGGAGCUCGAAAGAGGGGUGGCCGCUGGUGGCCCCAGGCGAUACACGUACGGCGAGCUGGCCAGCACCACCGACAAUUUCGCCGAGGAGAAGAAGCUCGGUCGUGGCGGCUUCGGGAGCGUCUACCUGGGCCGGCUCGCCGUUGCCGGGCAAGAACGUGGCGUGGCGAUAAAGAUGUUCUCGUCGGAGUCGUCAGCGCAGGGGAGGAGGGAGUUCGAGGCUGAGGUGAGGAUCAUAAGCCGGCUGAAGCACCGCAACCUUGUGCAGCUGUUGGGCUGGUGCGACAGUCGCCACGGUCUCAUGCUGGUCUACGAGCUGGUGGCCCAAGGCAGCCUCGACAGGCAUCUCUACAGCCGGGAUAGGUUCUUGACAUGGCCACAAAGGUACCAGAUCGUCCUUGGCUUGGGCUCGGCGUUGCGGUAUCUCCACAGGGAGUGGGAGCAGUGCAUCGUUCACGGCGACAUAAAGCCGAGCAACAUCAUGCUGGACGAGUCACACGGAGCCAAGCUAGGGGACUUCGGUCUGGCACGGCUGGUCGACCACGGCGCCGGCUGGCAGACCACCAAGGCAGUCCUCGGCACCGCGGGGUACAUCGAUCCCGAGUUCGUCAACACGCGCCGCCCGAGCACCUACUCGGACGUCUACAGCUUCGGCAUCGUCCUGCUCGAGAUCGUCUGCAACCGGCCUCCGGUUGUCGUGCAGCAGGAGGAAGAACCGGCCUUCGUGCUGCUGAAAUGGGUGUGGGGCCUUUACGGCCAGAAUGCCACUCUUGACGCUGCAGACGAGCGGCUGAGGGGUGGCGAUGAGCUCGACGAGCUGUGUAUGGAGCGGGUGCUGGUGGUCGGCCUCUGGUGCGCGCAUCCUGACCCCAGUGAGCGCCCAUCCAUCGAGCAAGCUAUGCACGUUCUGCAGUCCGAGGACAGGAGGCUUCCGGCCCUCUCGCCGCACAUGUACAAGACAAUGUUGGACAAUGUUCCCAUGCCGACACGGGCAUAUGGCGCUUUCUCCAUCGAUGCCUACAGCAGUACAUAUUCGGCAACCACCGGCAACACCACCAACACUUCUUCCCAGUCAUCGUCGUCAGCUUUGCUAAGAAAUUCACAUGAUUUACCUUGACUUUCUACAUUAUAUUCUUUCUUGUAAUUAGUUAAAGUAGGCAUAUAGUCCGCGGCUAGUAUUGAAAAUUCAAAAAUUUACAUGUCGUUGUAUCCUUACUUAAUGGUUAUACUAUUUUUUUACCAUA